AUGAUAGUAGUGGUGCAAGUUGGUCAUUCUGGGAGUGGUAAAAGUACAAUAAUACGGUUGUUAUUCAGAUUUUAUGAUGUCACUGGUGGUCAGAUUAUUAUAGAUGAUCAGGAUAUAUCAAAGGUGAAGCAAGAAUCAUUACGACAACAGAUAGGAGUGGUGCCACAAGAUACAGUUUUAUUAAAUGAUGAUAUACGAUACAAUAUACGGUACUCAAAGUUUACAGCAACUGACGAAGAAGUAGACAAUGCGGCAGAUGUGGCUGAUAUACAUCAAAUAAUUCUGACUUUUCCUAAAAAAUAUGAAACAGUAGUCGGUGAAAGAGGAUUAAAAUUAAGUGGUGGAGAGAAACAAAGAGUAGCAAUAGCCAGAACAAUAUUGAAAUCUCCUGCUAUAGUAUUGAUGGAUGAGGCUACAUCAGCAUUAGAUACUAAAACUGAAAGAAAUAUACAGUCAGCUUUAGAAAGAGUUUGUGAAAACAGGUCUACUAUUAUAGUAGCUCAUAGACUUUCUACAAUUAUACACGCACAUAGAAUUCUAGUUUUACAGGAAGGAGAGAUUAUAGAACAAGGGAGUCACGAGGAGUUACUGUCAGCUAAUGGACUUUACAGUGAAAUGUGGUCAGAACAGCAGACUAAAAAGGAGGAUGUAGAUAAUACAUCACUUAAUGGCACUCCUGAGAAGAAGGAUAGUUGAUAGACCAUGCAUUGGAAUUAGCACUUAAUCUUAUGUUGAAGAUGAAUUAUCGAGAUUUGUUUUCAUUAUUUUAAGUCAUUUCCAACUUUCCUGCCAUUCCAUUAUGAUUCUCUUGUCUGUUUGUAAUGAAGGGUAUACAUAUAUUAUUAUGAUAACCAGACACCCUUCCCCCCCCCAGCCAAAACAGGGAUACAAAGAUUGUAUAGAUGUUGUCAAGGCAUGGGCAUAAAAUGACUGUAAGUUGUGUAGAGAUACUUUGCUAUUAGUGGUCAUCACAGAAUCCUAAGUCUAUCAGUUUCUGUCCCAAGUCAUGAAUCUUGUUAGUGGUUGUAUGUUUUGUAUAGUAUGAUAAAUAAAGUCUUCAGAU